AUGGCCGCCGUCGUGGCCACUCGCCGCCCCAGGCACGGCGCUCGCACAAUCUUGGCCACGGCUGCGACACUCGCUCCCUUUCUCUACCCCUCUCUCCUCUUGCCUACGCCCACCCGGGCCGCCGGCCUCGUCACGGCAGCCCAGGCAGCAGCAUCCGCCGUGUCACCAUCACCACGUCGCGCCGCCGCCGUCCCGGCCGUCCACGCGCGCCAUCCAUGCCAACGCCGCUUCACGAGCACGACAACAACCGCUGCUGACCACCCCAUUGACACCGCGUCUUCAUCGUCCAUCAUCCGUAACGACCUGCCCGAGUCCCGCCUGAAUCCCGCGCCCGACGACUACGCCGCGCCCACCUUUGCCGACCGCGCCGAGCUCACACUCUACGCCGGCCGUGGCGGCAACGGCUGCGUCUCCUUCCUCCGCGAGGCUUACCUCCCCGACGGCCCCCCCAAUGGCGGCGAUGGCGGUGCCGGCGGCAACAUCUACAUCCAGGCCGCCCAUGGUGAGACCUCGCUCCACAAGAUUGCCCGCCGCCGCUUCAUCCGCGCCGGACGCGGCCGCCACGGGCAGGGCAGCGCCAAGAGCGGAACUCGCGGUGAGGACAUCGUCAUCACCGUCCCCGUCGGCACCGUCAUCCGCGAGCUCGAGCGGACCGACCCCGUGGCUGACGAGGCGCUGAGCGUGAAGCUGUAUCGCGCCGAGAUGAAGGCGAGACGCCGCCGGGAGAUUGAGAUUGAGGAUGAGGAGCGCCGCCAGAGAAAGCUCGAGCGCCUGCGCCAAGAAAAGCUUGCGGAGGAGGGGGCGGCGGCGGUCGUGGACGGAGAAGAGGUGGAAGACGACCCGCUCGCGGAGACGGACGAGUGGGAAGAGGACCUGAGCAGCCGCGCGCACGCCCGCAUGGCCAGGUAUGACCAACUUAUGGAGGAGGAAGCGGCCGAGGAGGACGAGAUCGAGGACCCUCAACGCCACAAGUGGCUUCUCUACCCCGGCAUGAGCAAGACGGACGCCAAGUCGGCCUCAUUCCCGCGAAUGCCUCGGCGCACCCGCCUGCUCUCGCAGCCGCCCGCGCCUAUCCAGCUAGACCUAUCGCGGCCGACACCGCGGCCGAUCCUGCUCGCGGCCGGCGGCGUCGGCGGACUGGGCAACGCGCACUUUUGCUCGCGCGAGCACCCGCGGCCCGUCUUCGCCACGCGCGGCGACGACGCCGUCACCCUGCGCGUCUCGCUCGAGCUCAAGCUGCUCGCCGACGUCGGCCUCGUCGGCCUGCCCAACGCGGGCAAGAGCACGCUGCUGCGCGCGCUGACCAACAGCCGCGCGCGCGUCGGCAGCUGGGCGUUCACGACGCUCCAGCCCAACAUCGGCACCAUCGUGCUCGACAAGUACUCGGGGCGACCCAUAGUGCCGGGAACGGCAGUGGCGGAGGAGGAGGAGGAUGACGUGCGCGCGCGGACUCGGUUCACGGUCGCGGACAUCCCGGGCCUCAUCGAGGGCGCGCACCUCGAUCGCGGCCUCGGCAUCGCCUUCCUGCGGCACGUUGAGCGCGCCGGCGUGCUCGCCUUCGUCGUCGACCUCGCCGCCGGGGACGCCGUCGCCGCGCUGCAGGCCCUCUGGCGCGAGGUCGCCCUCUACGCCGCCAUGCGCGACGAGGAGGAGCGCGCCCGCGCCGCCAUCCGCUGGGACGACGAUCACAACGGCGCCGCGCCGGACCCCUUCUCCGGCGGCGGCGGGCCCGUCAACCUCGAGACCCUCCCCGACGCCGAACCGUCGUCGACGACGACGACGACGACGACGGCGGCUGCAACCGCCGGCAAGCCCUGGUUCGUCGUCGCCACAAAAGCCGACAAGCCCGAGACGCGCGCCAACUUUGCCGCCCUCAAGGCGUACCUCGAGGAAGUCACGGCGGGCGAGGCGCCGCACCCGAGCGGCCUCGGCGACGGCGCGUGGACGAAGCGCUGCGCGGCGAUUCCCGUCAGCGCCAUCCAUGGCCAGGGCGUAGAUCGGGUCGUCCGUUGGAUGGUCGGGCUGCUCGGCGAGCAUCGGUAA